GGAAGUGUAAGGGGGAGUGGUUUACAGUAUGUCAGGGAGCAGGAAAGAGUAAACCUGCGUCCUUCUGCUGGAAGAUGUCUUAGUUUUAAAUAACUACUGGAGACAAACAUACAGCAAGUCAGCGAACCCCGCACCUUCAACAUGUUGAAGUUAAACCAUUUAGAUUGAUGGGAUCUGAAAGACAUGUUAUCCAUUAACUUUAGCUGUGGAUGUGAGUGUAGACAGCCAGUGAAGAGACAGACGACUUAAUUCUGAAGUGUGACCUUUCCUGAUGAACAAAAUGGAGUCGUCUGAACACAGUGCUCAGUUCGUGGACAAGUACAUGCCCCAGCUCAUUCAGAGGGUCACCAUGGUGAUGCCUAUAGCUGAUAAGCUGCUCGCUGAAGGCAUGAUCCAUGAAGAGGUGUACUCCAACAUCAGUGCUGCCAGGACUAAUCAGGGCAAAAUGAGGGAGCUCUUUAUAGCCCUCCACUCUGGAGGAAACAAAGUGAAAUCUACCUUUCUCUCCAUACUGAGGGAGAAUAAUCCUGAUCUGGUCCAGGAUUUGGAAUGCCAUGGCAAACAAAGAGUUGAACAAGAGGACAAAAGCACAACAAGCCUAAAGUACAAGGAAUUCAUCAGAGGUGAAUAUGCCACAGUGCAGGAGUACAACUCUCUCCCUGGAGAACAUGUGAAGUUAGAUGAUCGCUACACUGAGCCCCUGAUCAUCCAGAAACACCGUCUGCAGAGAGAGAGAGAGGAGGAGAUCCGCUCCAGAGGACAGAACUUUUAUCUACUCAUGGACCAGAGGGACAGUGAGACCUACAAGAGUACCAAAGUGGAGAGGCUGUUUGAUCCAGAUGAGCACGGAGACAUUCAGAGAACAGUGAUACUGCAGGGCCACUCUGGAACUGGCAAGUCAUUUACCACUCAGAAGAUCAUGUCUGACUGGGCGUUUGGAAGACUUUACAAAGACCGAUUUGACUUUGUCUUUCACCUGAGGUGCAAAGAACUGAACCAGGCCACCGGGAGAAAAAGUCUGAUGGAUCUGCUGAACUACAAUCAGAGUUCAUCAUCAAUGAUCAAGCAGGUACUCUGCCAGUCUCCUGAGAGGGUCCUCUUCCUGGUAGACGGCUUUGAUGAGCUCAAAUUCUCACUUGAUGUACCUAAAGACACCCUUCCCAGGGACCCAUGGACACAAUGCUCCCCCGAAGUGACACUGAGUGGCCUGAUACGAAAGCAGAUCUUACACGAGUCCUUCCUGCUUGUUGCCACCAGGUCCACAGCGCUGGACAAACUGAAUAGAGUGGUCAAAAAUCCAGUGAGAUGUGCUGAGAUAUUGGGCUUUUCUAAAGAGGGGGUGGAGGAAUACUUCCAGAGAUUCUUCAAGAAGGAGCAACACUCACAGCAAGCCUAUGACUCUGUGAGAAAAAAUGAAACACUUUUCACCGCAUGUUUCAUUCCAGUCAUCUGCUGGAUCAUUUGCACAGUUUAUAGGGAGCAGUUUUAUGAAGGCACAGAGAUGAUACAAUCACUGGAGACCACCACCUCCAUCUUUGUUGAAUUUGUUGCCACGCUGUUGAAGCACCACUGUCAGGAUUUGGGUCAGUCAGAUCUUACCAUCCUCCAAGGACUAGGCAAGCUGGCAGAAAAGGGGACGGAAGAGCAGCAAGUCUUAUUUGACCAUCAUAGUGUCUCACAGACAGUGUCAGAUCCUUCCAAAGUCCCCUUCUUGUGUAAGCUUCUCCAAAAGAAGAGAGUAAGUCAGACCACUAUGUACAGCUUCAUGCACCUCAGCUUCCAGGAGUUUUUCACAGCCCUCUCAUACAUGUUACUGGGUGAUGAGGAAGCUCAGGGGAAAGUUAAAGAGCUACUUUCUAAGGUUCGACGUGGAAAAGAAAACAGUCACCUCCUACCCAUAGUUCAAUUUCUCUUUGGCAUCGCAAACAAGGAAGUGGGAAAACGGCUCGAGGAUAAAAAAUACAUCUCUUGUUCUCAAGGAAUCUGGACCCAGCUCAAACAUUUUAUUCUGGAAGUUAUUGAAAAAGAAAAGGAGGAUCGAAACGCUAUUGAUUAUCACAUUUCAUCAAUGUGGCUUUUUGCAUUUCACUGUCUAUAUGAACUACAUGUAGAUGAUUUUGUUAAGAAAGCCAUGAAUACAUACACAGAAUUUAAUCUGACUCACAUUACCCUGACAAAAACAGACUGUUGGGUGCUAAAGUACUGCUUUCAGCACUGCAAGUGCAUCGAAAGACUUAUUCUCAACUUGUGCAAGUUAACUGCAGAUAAGAUAAAAAUCCUUUUGCCAGCAUUGGAAAAAUGUCAACAUCUCGAGUUGCAAGUGGACGGCCUAGCCGAUGAUGAUUUAGAUGAUCUGUUGACAGCGCUGGGAGAAGGAAAGAGUUUGGAGCUGGAUCUGAGUGAGAACAACUUCUCUGAUGAGAAAGUACAGGACUUGCUUGUUGCUCUCACUAAACACAAACCCAGAAACGUUGACAUUGGAGUGAAGUCCAUCACCAGCAAUACAGCUGACAAAUUCAUGUUCCUCAUCAGUAAGUCACAUGGAGUCUUGGAAAGCAUAGGGCUUUAUGGUUGUAAGAAUGUUACUUUGGAAGCCAAUCUACAGAAAAAUGGAGUCAAUGGGACUCUCCAAACUUUUCUAUGGUUAAAAGUGUCUGACAUGAAAAUGAUCUGUGACUGUAUCAGGGCAUCUGGCUACAGUUUGAGUGAAAUAGUCUUGUCUGUGAACUAUGUGGUUAACCUAUCAGACACUGACGUGGAUGACCUGAGUGCAAUCAUCCACCCUGUAGACAAGUUAAGGCUCAGCUUUCAACACCAACAUUUAUAUGGACAGGACGCAGUGAGUGAAGGUUUACAGUCCCAGAUAUCACUCAGACGGAUUGAAAUAACCCUCUACGGCAAUCCUGUAUUCGACUGGAGAAAAGUAUUUCAGCUAGUUCACACUCUGGGGCAACAUCCAGAGUGGGAUGAGCAUGUUGAAGGACUGAUCUCGCUGCUACACUCUCAAACCUCUCUGGUGGGAAUAGAUCUGUAUGUGAGCAGCUUGACAGAGAGGUGUGCUGCCAGCGUAGUCAGUCUCAGCCAGGCCUGCCCAAACCUGAGGAUGAUAUCCCUUCAUGUAGUUGAACACGGUUUGUUAUUGGAGGAAGUAUUACAACGCUUACGUGUAUCAAAGAGGCACCCAGAUUGCAGGUUACUUGUCGCCGGGUGGAGAUGCAGGAAGCCUGCUGACAAGUGCACAGGCCGGAAGGACUGGAGUCUCUGUUGUGAUGACUCUGUUAGGCUCACUCUACAUGGAGAAACAUUCACAGAGAAUGUGAUAAGGCAUGGGAAGGAAAGUGAUAGGCCUAGUGAUCACCCUAAGAGUAAUAGAUGGUGUGUUGUUGCCUAGUGACCACGAUGAAGACAACAGAGAUGGUGUGUUGUUGCCUAGUGACCAUGAUGAAGACAACAGAGAUGGUUAGAAACACAGCAUACAAGAGGACAAAGACAACAGAGAUGGUGAGAAACACAGCAUACAAGAGGACAAAGACAACAGAGAUGGUGAGAAACACAGCAUACAAGAGGACAAAGACAACAGAGAUGGUUAGAAACACAGCAUACAAGAGGACAAAGACAACAGAGAUGGUUAGAAACACAGCAUACAAGAGGACAAAGACAACAUAGAUGGUGAGAAACACAGCAUACAAGAGGACAAAGACAACAGAGAUGGUGAGAAACACAGCAUACAAGAGGACAAAGACAACAGAGAUGGUGAGAAACACAGCAUACAAGAGGACAAAGACAACAGAGAUGGUGAGAAACACAGCAUACAAGAGGACAAAGACAACAGAGAUGGUGAGAAACACAGCAUACAAGAGACUGAGGACAAAGACAAGAGUGAAGAUACAUACCUUUGAUCCACUUAGAUUUGGACUGAUACUAACUACACAUAGUGGACAUGUUUUUUUGGUUUGUUAUUUCAAAAUGGAACUUUAGAUUUUAGAAUUACUACAAGAUAAUAUAGCCAAAUUGGACGACUUUAGCAUAUAGACUGCUACACCACCCAAGGUGAAUCAAUCCCCCAUCAUCUCCUCCUCUUGCUCUCUUUGCCUCUCUUCCCUCUCUCUCUGUCACACCCUUACACACAUUUCAAUCUGACCUGUGCCAAUCAUGGUCCAUAGGGUUCUGUUAAAAAAUAGUGCACUCCAUAGGGAAUAGGGUGCCAUUUGGGACCCGUGUCUGUACUGGUUAGCAUUUCAUAUAUUUAAUCUUACUCUGUCUCUAAAAAUGAAAUAAGGAGGUUUUAUCCUUGUUCUUAUGAAAGCUGUCUUUUUAUUUUUUGUAAUACUGUGGAAAAAUAAUGACAUACAAUUUGAAAAAAUAUUGAAUAAAAAUAAAAAUGAAAACACAUUUCAGUAAUAUAUUUGUGUUUUUUUCUUAAAGAAGAACCGUUAUACAGGAGGAGCAUUACUGAAUGAGACGCCUAUAGUGACAAUAAUACAGGAAACAGUCCUAGAAUAGAAAAUAACAGGAUUGGAUAAGAGCGUCUGC